AUGGACCAUCAUAAGUAUAAGGUGUCACUUAACAUGUAUGAUUUGUCAUAAGGAAUGGCCAGACAAUUUUCGCCUAUGUUUUUGGGGAAAUAAAUUGAUGCAAUCUGGCAUACUGGAAUUGUAGUUUAUGGAAAAGAAUAUUAUUUUGGUGGUGGCAUCUGUGCAUAGACUCCAAAAUCAACUAUCUAUGGAUAUCCUAUUGAGGUUUCAUAAUUGGGAGAAACUGAAAUACCUCAAGGCACAUUUGAAGAAUUCUUAAGAAGCAUCAGUUCGAAAUAUUCUAUGGAAAAAUAUGAUUUAUUUGAGAAUAAUUGUAAUAAUUUUACUAAUGAAUGCGCUUUAUUUUUAGUAGGCAAAGGCAUUCCUGAAAAUAUAAUAGGAUUGCCCCAAGAAUUUUUAAAUACUCAAUUAGGAUAAAUGCUUAAACCCGCCAUUGAGUAGUUUACUAAUAAAUAGGCUACAGCUUAAACUGAGCAUUUUAAUGAACCUCAGAAUUAAUAAUUAUAACCACCACCAAGUAGCUAAAAUAUUAAUGCUUAAAUUAUAAACUAAGCACUACUACAACCAUAACCUCAAUCAUCAUAGCCAAUUUCAUUAAACCAAAAAGUUUAACCAGCCUAGUAACCACCUCAACAACAAACAAUAACAGAUACGAAUGUUACAGCAAUUGAUGACUUGACCACUUACUUAUGUUUGAUAGAGAGCAGUCCAGUCAGCAUUGUUGAUUUCUAUACCGAUUGGUGUGGACCAUGCAAGACUAUAAAACCAUUGUUUCAUAAAUUAUCCCUCGAACACCCUCACAUCAAUUUUUAUAAUGUGAAUAUUGAUAAGGUUCGAGAGAUUGCAGACUCUUUAUAAGUGUCCAGUAUCCCAACAUUUAUUAUUUAUGAAAAUGGAUAAUAGAAAGAGAGAUGGACAGGUGGAAACCAGUAAACUUUAAUAAACAAUUUAUAAAAAUUAAAAUGA